UACAUGUAUAUCUAUUAUUAUGGAUUCAUAAUCUGCUAUAAUGUGGCAGUCAUUUUGGACCAGGAACACAAAACUAGCUAACAUGAAAUGAACACAAAAGGAGGGUUAAUGCCGUGUUGUCGGGCUACAAUGGCAGUUAGUGUAACAUAUUCUGUAUUGUUUUAGGCAACAAUAUGGCUUCAGCUAAGUCACACAAAGGCAUGAGCGAUGCUAACUGGUUUGCGCGUCUGGAGAGUUUUGCCCGAACAGGAGUUUGGCCAUCUAGGGAGGGGAAUAGACCUUCUCCCCGACAAAAAAGAUGGCAUGAGUUGUAUCAGAAGAUAGAAAAGUGCCCUCUGCAAAUGAGGGGGCAGACCACCCUUCUGAAGGAAGCUCAGAUUUGUUUUUGUGGAUUUCACAAGGUUCAUCCACCAGUCACAGUGGAUGCAUCACAGAGCACACCUGCUCAAAGCACACCCUCCAUCAGUGAUGUGUCACGUUCUGCAAAGAUGGCCAAACUGACAUUGUCAAUGUUUGAAAAGUCAAGGUUUGGAGGCUCACAUGUGGCAGCAGCAAAACCCAAUUUGAGCACCCAGAGGAAAACCUCUCAGACAUUAGAGCACUCCAGUUCAGCAGCAGCUUCUAGCCCACCCUCUGAUCCUCGUCCUCCUCCAUCCCCCAAACCUCAUCGGCCUGUCAUCCAGUCCUCCUCUACCUUCUUCCUUCCUCCAGCUCAGAGAUCACAACGCAUAAAAGAAACAGCAACACCAUCGACUAUUUCUGAGUUUGCUGUUGUGAGCAGCCCAGUAAGAUGUCAUUCAAAAUAUGAACAUGCCUUUGUCAUUUAAUGCUGUCGUAGCUUAUACUUAAACUAGUGUUUUUGUAAAUAUCAGCAGGUCUCAUCUCAGCCAGAAGACCCUGCGGAUCUCCCACUACUGUGGCCACAGACAAUGCCAGAGCAGGACCAGAAGUGGGUGUCGGAAGCACUUUUUAGGGUUGGUGCAAAGGGAAAGCUGGAGCUGCGUGAAAACCUACAGUUGUGGUAUCACCCCCCACAACCAGCCCUGUUGUACCACCAAGCUCCAACACCUGCUAGAUUUUUUUCACAGCGGCUCUUGCUCUGGAUGCCAUAUAGGCUAUGGAAGGUGCGGCUCCAGUGUACUAACCCUGCCUGUGCCCGGCAACAGCUGUGUGGUGGUGGUCUGCACAGGAGGGUAUGACAGGUGUUAGAUAUCGACAGAUACUACAACCUGGUCACAGAGACCCUAAUCUGUACCAGGUGUAGAACCAGCUACCUGUCCUGGAGUCAUGCUGUGCUGCAGCAGUUGGACCUGGCCCAUCGAUCUGAAUUCAGGGUCAUCCUCACACGCAAGUAUGCCUGUGACAUUCGAGUUCUUCGCUUGUUGCGUGAGAGGGGCAUGGGGAAUGGCCCAGUGAGGAUCAUCGGCCAGCUGAGGGAGAACCACAGUGAGGAGUGGUUAAAACGUGUGGCUCGGUACACAUCAGAGUGUGUGGCCUUUUUGGAUAAUCCUGGCCUGGAUCCACUGCACUUCCAGGAACCACCACCGCUUGCUCCUGUACCCAGCUACAAAUGGCUCCUCACUGUAUACAGCCAGGACAUCCUCAACAGACUCGAUCACAUCAAGGCCAGCAUCACAUCCACGUACGGAUCAAUUAUAAAAAUGGAUUCAACUAAGAAGAUCACCAAGAAGUUGAGUGGGCCUGCGAAAGGCACAGCACAGUGGCUUACCUCAGUAGGCAAUGAGGUAGGUCAGGUGCUGAUGAGUGUCCUGACUGCAAAUGAAGGGGCUGGGUUAGACCUCAUGGCUGCAGGGCUCAUGGAGAGAUACCAGAGAGCUGGUGUUGAUCCUCCCACUAUCCUGUAUGUGGACUGUGACUGUUGCAAGGAAGUGGGAGAGACUAAACUGAAGAGGCGGUUCAGCGGCUGGCCUGAUGUCAUCGUCCGUCUAGACAUUUGGCAUUUUAUGCGACGUCUGGCAGUAGGAUGCACCACAGAUGCCCACCAGUUGUACCCUACUUUUAUGGCUAGGUUGUCGUCCUGUAUUUUUGAGUGGGACGCAGGGGAUCUCACUCUGCUGAGAAAGGCCAAGAGGGAGCAACUCACCCAACAGGGCUGGCCUGCAAUGACGGAGGCAGAGCUUGACCGUCAUAUAAGCAAAGAUGAGCUGGCCCAACACUGCAGGAGGAGAACACGAGGAGAGGAAACCACUAUCCGCCUCCUUGAUAUGCUCAUCAGAGAGCUCAUGGGUGGCCAGGGGAAUGAUGCCCUUGGUAUUCCUCUCCUUGACAGUGUGAGGAUGCAGCACAUCUGGCAUGUCCAGAGGCGGCACGUCACCUGUAUUCAGGACCCUCCAGAUGUGCUGCUCUACACAGAAACUGGAACCCUAAUCAAGGGCGGGAUGGUUCUAAAAACGUAUCGGUGUGCCAGAGGCUCCACAUCCCUUGAAUCAUUUCACUGCCACCUAAACAGAUUUAUUCNCAGUGUGAAACUGGCUGCAAUAGUGUCUGAUCAUUGA